AUGCAGCUUACAUUCACGAAUAUCGUCGCUGUAUUUGCCCUGGUGGCGACUGCCGUCUCUGCCUCGUCGGAGCAUAUCAACCCAGGCCACAAACGGAUGGCACGGCGUAUCAGCAGAAAGGCCCUCGCUGCUCGCCAUCACCCGCACUCGCAUGUCACCGUCUACCAGACAAUUACUUCCGAUCCAGCUACUUCUACUACCCGUCCAACUGUAGUUACCGAAUAUGUCACUUUUACCACCACGCCAGCAGACUCGGCAUCCUCUACAGACGCUCCUUCUACGACCGAGACACCGUCCUCGACCGAAUCUCCCUCUGAGACGGUCACAGAGUCGUCUUCUUCCUCGUCGGCCAGCCAGCCAGCAAACUCGGCUGGUCCAGUCAUUCAAGCCACUGGAAGCCCAUGCGGUGAUCCAAAUGCCACCCCGGAUCCCGCCCCCACGUCCGGACCAAACGGCUCUGAGAACUGGCUCAACUGUGGUGUCGACGGUGACGGUUGGAUCCCUCCACCAGUCACGCUCCAGAACAUUGUCUACAAGGACCUGGCCACUGUCCUCCAAAAGCCAGGAAACGUCUUUGAAGCCUGCGCACCUUACCUCAACAUUUUCCAAUCUCUGGCUGACGAAACCGGCAUCCCCACCAUCCUCUUGGCUUCCAUCGCCCUCCAAGAAAGCGGAUGCAGACCCGGCGUUACGGGUGGUGCCGGUGAGAUUGGCAUGAUGCAAAUCACGAGCGAAAAGUGCCCUACCGAUGGCUCCAACUGCUAUGAUCCUGCGACCAACAUUGGCAUUGGUGCUCGCUACAUGAAGUCGAGGAUUGACGCCAACGACGGCAAUGUCGCCGCCGGUAUGGGCGAGUACAACGGAUGGCGACGUGGGUUGACUGUUGCGGCUGCCAACAACUAUGCCAUUUGCGCGCAGCACAACAAUCUCGAUUACCUCCACCGCGUCUUCAACGGCUACAUCCAAGGCAUCGACCCCCACACGCUCAACAUGGGCAUCUACUUCAACACGUGCUAG